GCCAGACCAUCUCCAUUUCCAUUCUGUUCAGGAACCCUUAUUUCUGUAAUUUCAGAGCUCGCUGCCCUUGUUUGUUGAUAUUGGGGAUUUUCUGAGGAAUCAAGAUUGCACCUUUACAUAUCUUCUUGCAAUCUGAUCGUCGAUUGGAGUUUCACUUUCUCCGUUUAUUUUUUUUCUGGAGGGUUUGAACUGCUCACCAUCUGCGGCAAAUUGGGGCUAAUUUUUGAAGGGGGUAAAAGCCCUAAGGUGUGAAUAAUGGCCCUGACCGUACUGCUCCUGGUGAUUAUUCUUAAAACUGCCCACUUUGCAGAGGCUGCAACGACGUCGUUUCUGGUUAAUUGUGGGUCGAGCUCCAGAAGUGUUAAUGUCGACGGAAGGGCAUGGGUCGGCGACGGAGCUCCCGGGACCAAUUUCACCCUCAGUGAUCCCGGAAUUCCGGCCAACACCACCGUCUUCAAUGGCGAUUCAAUCUAUCGACCUCUGUACAGCACUGCGAGGAUUUUCACUGCCAAUUCAAACUACACCUUUCGAGUUCCCAACGGCGAUUACUUCCUGAGGCUCCAUUUUUACCCCCUGGAAUUCGACGGCUAUGAUGUCAACAAAUCCUCCUUCUCCAUCGAGGCAAAUGGAUUGAAACUGGUUUCCAAUUUCAACGUCCCGACGGAGAUUCAGGACAGGAGUUCCAACCUACAAUCCGGAGCUGCUAAUUCGACGUAUUUCUACCUGUUGAAGGAAUACUUCUUCUCCGUCCACAGCAGUUCAAUCAUCGUCAAUUUUGUUCCCUUGGAAGGUUCGUUCAGCUUCAUCAGUGCCAUAGAAGUCGUCACGGAUGACAGCAAGCUGUUCACUGAUAAUCCGGUACGAAGAGUCAACAAUGGCGGCAACGGCAAUGCUUCGUUGAACUUGAUAGGACGAGGGGUUGAAACAAUGCAUAGAUUGAAAGUCGGGGGAUUGCCUGUAAAACCUUCACAGGAUUCCUUCUGGUGGAGGACAUGGGAAGCCGACGAAGGCUACAUGAUCAAUGCCGCUGCAGGAGUCGAAAUCAGGAACAGGUCGAAUAUUUCCUACGCAGAUCCGAACAGCACGGUGAUGGCUCCUCUUGCAGUGUACGAAACCGCGAGAUCUUUGACGAACAAUGCUGGAGUUUCGGAGAAGAGAUUCAACAUGUCGUGGAAACUGGAUAUCGAUCCGGAUUUUGAUUAUCUUGUCCGGCUGCAUUUCUGUGAGCUGUUGUACGAUAAGCCAAACCAGAGAGUUUUCAGAGUGUUCAUCAACAACAGAACUGCUUCAGAUAAUUUCGAUAUCUAUGUUCGAGCUGGAGGGAUGAACCGGGCGUACCACGAGGAUUACCUCGACUUUAUCUCCUCCGAAAGCAAUACUCUUUGGAUACAGCUCGGCCCUGACACGAUCACGGGCUCUGCUGGGACGGAUGCUCUCUUGAAUGGUUUGGAGGUUUUCAAGCUUAGUCGGAAUGGCAAUCUGGCGUACGAACGAAAGCAGGACAGUGUUAAAGGGGGGAGUGGAUCGCGUAGUUUAGUUCUUUGGAUUGGAAUUGGAGCAGGUAUAGCUUCGAUCACCAUUAUUGCAGGCGUAUUCGUGUUGAUCGUGUGUUGCUGUAAGAAGAAAGACAGGAAAACCGAGGAUGGCAAGAAGAAUGCUCAUGGCUGGCGCCCUUUGUUUCUUCACGGAUCUGUUUUCAACAGCACUGCGAAUGCAAAAGGGCCGAAUGAAGUUGGUAAUAAUGCCAGAUCCGGGCGACGAUUUGCCUUAACUGAGAUUAGAUCAGCCACGAAUAACUUCGACGAAAGUUUAGUGAUUGGGGUGGGUGGAUUUGGGAAGGUGUACAAAGGGGAGAUUGAUGAGACCACUCUCGUGGCGAUCAAGCGAGCCAAUCCACAGUCUCAGCAAGGUUUGACAGAAUUCGAGACGGAGAUAGAAAUGCUGUCUAAGUUAAGACACAGGCAUUUAGUGUCGUUGAUUGGAUUCUGCGACGAACAGAAUGAGAUGAUCUUGGUGUACGAGUACAUGGCGAAUGGAACUCUUCGGAGUCACCUGUUUGGGAGCGAUUUGCCGCCAUUGAGUUGGAAGCAACGGUUAGAGAUAUGCAUCGGUUCUGCUCGGGGGCUUCAUUACCUUCAUACGGGUUCGGACAGGGGGAUCAUCCACAGGGAUGUUAAGACAACCAACAUACUAUUGGACGAAAAUUUUGUAGCCAAAAUGUCUGAUUUUGGGCUGUCGAAAACAGGUCCUUCUCUGGAGCACACACAUGUCAGCACGGCUGUGAAGGGGAGCUUCGGUUAUCUUGAUCCUGAGUACUUCCGAAGGCAGCAGCUGACUGAGAAGUCGGACGUGUACUCGUUCGGUGUGGUCUUGUUUGAGGUUGCCUGCGCGCGAGCAGUUAUUAAUCCGACGUUGCCGAAAGAUGAGAUCAAUCUUGCAGAGUGGGCGUUGCGGUGGCAACGGGAGGGGUCGCUGGAUAGCAUUCUGGAUGCAAAGCUGAGAGGCGAUUAUUGCCCAGAGUCGUUGGUGAGAUUCGGGGAGGUGGCGGAGAAGUGUCUGGCGGACGAGGGGAAGAGCAGGCCGACCAUGGGAGAAGUUCUGUGGCACCUCGAGUAUGUGCUGCAGCUUCACGACUCGUGGCUGCAGCUGCAGCAGAAUGACGAGCCGGGGGCUGUCGUGGUGGACAUGAGUUUGAUUGCGGAAUCGGAAUCGGAAUCUUUGAAUGAGAAGUGAAGAAGACGAAGAUGAUGAUGAUGAUGAAUCAAUCAAUGUCCGUUCCAUUUUCAAGAAGAGAUUACUACAGAUGAUGCUUGAUGCUGGAAUCGUUCAUAAUCAUUGCCUUUAUACAAGAUUGAUUAUAUAUAUAUAUAUGUGUAUAUUGUUCAUUGAUUCUUGGAAGAGGUUUUCGAUGAGAUCCGGUGAUUCUUUUGUUCAUAAUUGUUUGGUUUAGCGUGAGGUUUUUAUAUCAUUUGGUUCGACUCUCGUAUUUAAAUUUGUGUUUGUUCA